AUGACAUCAAUUGAGGUCAAGUCACGUUCAAGAUCACUCAAGUCCUAUUCAUCAAAUGAAUUGACCACUAAGUCAUUGGUAGAUGAGUUGAUUGAAGAGCUCAGCGCUGAUAAUCACAUUUCAAGACACAGACUUAGAUUGACCAGAGCGGAAAAUGGCAAACAAAUCCCAUUGGUUGCUGACAAGACUUUUGCCCAAAAUGGGAUUCCAGAAAACGAAACAAACAUUCAACUAUAUGUGAAAGAUUUGGGUCCACAAAUUUCAUGGCGUACUGUCUUUGUGGUGGAAUAUUUUGGACCGUUCGUCUUCCAUGUAUUGUUUUACAAUAUUGCUUCGUUGUACGGUGUGAAGCCAUAUGGGCAUACCAGGACCCAGACCUUGGCCUUCUGGAUGGUUUUGUUGCAUUUCGCCAAGCGUGAGUACGAAACCUUGUUUGUUCACAAGUUUUCCAACGCCACAAUGCCCGCAUUCAACAUUUUCAAGAAUUCAUCUCACUACUGGAUUUUAUCUGGUUUCAAUUUGGCAUACUUUGUGUAUGCCCCAGUUGGGAAACACACUGGAUUUUUGGGAUCUUUGUUCCAUGUGAAUCAGUUACCGGAAUGGGCCCAAUACUCAUUGGUGGCCUUGUGGGCUUUUGCCGAGUUAUCCAACUUCAAAACUCACAAGAUUUUGAGCAGCUUGAGAAGCAAAGAUAACAAAAAGUAUGUUAUCCCCUAUGGUUAUGGAUUCGAUUUGGUUUCGUGUCCAAACUACUUCUUUGAGUCUUUGUCGUGGUUUGCAUAUGCCUUGUUGGUGGGUAAUUGGUCUGCAUGGAUCUUCCUCUUUGUCAGUACUGGUCAAAUGUGGUUAUGGGCAGUCAAGAAACACAAGAGAUACUUGAAAACAUUUGGUGAUGAGUAUAAGAAAUUGAAGAGAAAGAUCUUUGUGCCAUUUGUUGUAUAA